UUUGUACAUCGUAGGAAAAAAGAAAAGCUUUUCAUGAAUCUUCUAACUUGUUGUAUUGAAAUAUUCUUAGGACCAAAGUUGCAAGAAUUAACAAAUUACAAGGACCAACGUGGCUCUCAGGUCAACAAGAUCCUCUUUACGACAUCGUUUUAACUCAAAUUUCCCCAAAAACCCUAGCCGAGAACAGUCAUAACACUAACGAACAACUUCAUCCUCUUUUUUGGGUAAAUCUAAAAGCUUAUUAUAGACAUCGCUGCAAUGGCAGGUGGAAGAUUCAGAGAGCUAUUGAAGAAAUACGGUAAGGUAGCAUUGGGUGUUCACUUCUCUGUUUCAGCAGCUUCAAUUACAGGUCUUUAUGUUGCUGUCAAGAACAAUGUAGAUGUUGAAGCCAUGCUCGAAAAAAUGGGCAUGCCAGGCCUAUCCAAACAAGAAGGAGAUGAAAUUCCUAAUCUACCCCAGCAAAACCCACAACUGAUUUCCGCUGAUGGGUUCGUUAUCGAAGAACCCUUUAAUCAAGACGGUGUGGCGGCGCCGCCGACAAAGCAGAGGAAUCGUACUGCUGAGCUGGCGGCGUCAAGUGGCGGUGCUCUUGCUGUGGCUAUACUGCUUAAUAAGGCUCUAUUUCCUGUUAGGGUUCCGAUAACCCUCGGUCUUACGCCGCCGAUCGCUAGGUUUCUUGCAAGGCGGAGAAUUAUCAACAACAGUGUAUGAUGAAUAUACUAUUUUUUUCUCAGGUUACUUUUAAAUGAAUUUUUGUUUUUCUGAAUAAUUUCAAUCUCUCUGCAUUACUGUAGUUUGAUUUCCCUUACAUUGUCAGGAAUUAGAAAAAGGGGUGAUCAAUUAUCAAGUUAGAGGGUAUCUGGGAGUUUUACCAGUCUUAAAAAUCUGAUCUUGAUUUGAUGGAGAUGUAUUUUGAUAAUAUCUUGAGGAGAAGUAGUUAUAGAUAGAUGCAACUGAAAGUUCUGUACUUUGCUGAAUUUCAAUUGAAGUAAUCAUGUUCUGCUAUUGCUGCAU